GUAAGAAAAUGGCAGGACUGAAAGGUGCCAGGUCCGUGGGGAGAGGGUGAUGCUUGCAGAAAACAAGUCACUGAGAGAAGGCCACGCACGAGCAUCCUUUGAUGUAGACGUUGUGUGGCGUACGAGGAAUUGAUCGACCGGUGCUGUCCCAGGAAGUGUGCAGGGCCAGUCCAAGACCCUUUGAGGGUUUCUCAUACUGAAAGCCGUUACCCGACCAUCCGCUUCACGACCCCCUCGUUGAAGACUGUUUGAGAAUGCUUAACGUCUGCCUCAUCGGCGCCGGCGGCGUGGGAACAUGUGCAGCAUACGUCCUCGAGAAGUCCAUGAGGUGCCACGUCACGGCAGUCCUACGAUCCAACUAUGCUGUCGUUCAGAAAGAAGGCUUUGAUAUCGACUCAGUCGAUCAUGGCCAAAUCCGAGGCUGGAAGCCACACAGAGUAACCCCCUCCCUUUCUUCCGCAACGACCGACCAACCCUACGACUUCAUCGUGAUCACCACCAAAGCCAUCCCCGAACUCGCCGCCUCACUGAUCCCCGGCCUGAAACCACUCAUCACACCCUCAAAGACCAGCCUCGUGCUCAUCCAGAACGGCUUGGCUAUCGAAGAACCCUUCGCGUCCGCGUUCCCCGAGACCCCUGUUCUUUCAGGCCUGAGCAUGAUCGGAUCGAGAACGACAUCUCCUCGAACCGUCUUCCAAGAAGAUCCCGACCAGCUCAGGAUAGGCCCCUACUAUCACCACGUCGAUAGCCUUCAAAAGUCGACGCAGCUCGACGCUGCACGCCUGUUCGUCGAGACGUACAGCGCUGGCCUCUCCGACACGAAAUCUGGAGCUGAGUGCGUCCUAGCCGAAGACAUUAUCGCCGCUCGCUGGCGCAAAUUGCUGUGGAACGGCUCUUUCAACACCAUCUGUGCCGUCACCAGGAUGUCGGUCGGCGAAGUCCUUUCGAGUCCUGGUCGCACCACCCUUCUUGAGCCCGCGAUGCGUGAGAUCGCCGCGAUAGGCACCGCAGCGGGCUAUGGAGACACAGUGUCGGAAGAUGUAGUGCAGUUUCUGCUGCAUGAUACGCCCGAUAGCAGCCCCUUCAGACCCAGUAUGUUGGUGCAUCUGGAGAAGGGCCAGCCACUGGAACUCGACGUCAUUUUGGGGGCGCCUCUUCGGGUGGCGAGGGAGAAGGGUGUGAGUACGCCGGUACUUAGUCAGGUGUAUGAGCUGUUGAACGUUGUUCAAUGGCAUUUACUGCGGCGGCAAACACCGUAAAGGGUUGCCUGUCCGACGCCUGAGAAUGGAUGCCGUAGGUUUUGGAGGGCAUCAUUGAUGCGGUCAUGGUUGACAGUGUCCUACCAGCUGACCACCGACCAAGGUGCAUGGAAGGAUUGGCGCUUUCUGAGCAGGAGCGAUACAUACACUUAUAAUUGUGAAGAUGAGGUCAGAAUUCAUGGCAUGUUAGGUCUGACUGCGUCCAGACGGACUCGAACAGCCACUUCAAAGUUCCCCAGCUGCAGACCGAAGCCUGCAGAGUCUGACGCAAGACCCUCCUACUCCGUCUAGAUUUGCAGCAGGGUCAUAUUGCAUGGUGUCCCCUUAUGAAUCAUACCUAAU